UGGACAACUUGCUGCUUUGUCACCAGGACAGAAGUUAAUAAAAACGAUCUCAUUCUCGACUCCAUAUAACCCCAUGGAUUCCUGUAAUAUAUCAAAUAUUUAUAGGCCUGCUGUAACCUGAAAUCAACUUAAAGUCCUAAACACCCACUUCACGACAUAUCUCUCUCAGUUCAAACAGAAUAGUGUCAGUGGGCUCCCCUUUACCAAAUAUAGGUUAUCACAACACACAGACGCUCUCUCCCUCUCUCUCCGGAUUGUACCAUCGCAGGGAUGAAUUUUAACUUGUGCGAUGAAAGCCGGAGAUGAAUACUUCAUCUCUGACCCACAUAAUGGCGAUAUAUCAGGCUCGGUAAGCGGAGCUCGGUCGUGUUACAGUCCGCUCCUCCGCUGUUCGCUCCCGGCGUGGCGGGAGCUGUUAGCGGCGCGCCUUCGCCUCGCCUCCCAUCUUGCCUGGAUCCGACUUCUGUCUCCAUCUGGCUUCCAGGAAGGAAGACGAGAGGAAGGAGAAGGAGAAGCGGCACACACCGGGAGAGAGGGCGACGGAAACGGAAAAAGUAACUGAAUUGUAGUGCUGAGAAAACAUUCAAGGUUUCCUUCCUGGGAUUCCAACCUGAAGGGCCCUGCUAGAGGCGGCGGAGAAUCCCCAGGAGAGGCGAGUUCAGCCUGGCCUUUAACGGAUCUGUCACUCCCACCGCUCAACUUCGCUUCACCUCUCCAAUAACUAACCUCCCCCUCAUCCUGGGGCCUUGGCUCCAGUCUCCCGGCUUUCCCACACCUCCACCUUCUCAGCUCCUCCUGAUCAAUCCUCCAUUAAAUCUUUCCUUACUCUGGCCCUCCUACCCCUCCGUCAUCCCGUCAGCCUCGGUGAGCUAUGGCGGUACCUUCAGCCCAUGAGUUUCACUGGCAGAGUCUGGCACCGCUGCCCAGCGGCCGUGUCUACCACAGUCUGUCUGAGGUGGGGGGGCAGAUGUACAUGCUGGGAGGCUGCGACGCUGCAGGGAGGCCCUGCCCCGCCCUGGAGCUCUACUCUCCUGAGGGCGACCGGUGGAUAAGCUUGCCCCCCAUGCCCACCCCUCGUGCUGGUGCAGCUGUUGCAGUGCUGGGAAAACAAAUCCUGGUGGUGGGAGGGGUUGGUGAGGACCAGAGCCCCUUGAAGGUGGUGGAGAUGUAUAACACAGAGGAAGGGAAGUGGAGGAAGAGGAGCGCAUUGCGGGAGGCCCUGAUGGGGGUAUCCAUCACUGUGAAAGAUGGCCGGGCUCUGGCAGUCGGGGGAAUGGGUGCUGACCUGCUCCCUCGUAGCAUCCUGCAGCAGUACGACCUUCGAAAGGACUUGUGGGCGCUACUUCCUCCCAUGCCGACCCCACGCUAUGAUGCCAACACACAUCUCCUGGCCAACAAGCUCUACGUGGCAGGCGGUCGUCAGUGUAAGCGACCAGUGAAGGCCUUCGAGGUGUAUGACGCAGAGACACGUUCUUGGACCACGCUACCCAUGAUGCCUUGUAAACGUUCGUAUGGGGGCGUGAUAUGGGACACAAACGGGAGGCUGUGUCUGCUCGGUGGACUGAGGCAAGGAGGAGGACACCAGAGCUCCAAGUUUACCAAGAAUGUCAACAUUUUUGACACCAGCCAAGGAACCUGGUUGAAGUCGGAGGAGACGGUGGCGAUGAAAACAAAGAGAGCUGACUUUGCUGCUGCCUUCCUGCGUGGCCGGAUGGUAGUAGCUGGAGGACUUGGUCAUGAGCCCUCAGCCCUGGACACAGUGGAGGCCUUUCAUCCUCAGAGAAAGAAGUGGGAGAGGUUGGCUCCCAUGACCUUCCCCCGAUGCUCCACUUCCUCCAUCGUCAUCAGGGACCGCCUCCUGGUGGUGGGAGGAGUCAACCAGGUUCCCAGCUCGGCUCACGAGAUCCUGUACGUAAAAGAGGAAGAGUAUCUGUAGCCUGAAGUAAGAGCAGCACACCAGUGGUUCCACUUCCUCCCUCCCCUGUGCGACCCUCCUGGAUCAGACUGUGGUGCAAUA